CCUCGGAUUGAUAAAAGUACAGUGCACUUAAAGGAAAGCACAAUGCCGUACUUUGGAUCUGAAGAAACAGUAAAGGAACUUAAGAGAGCUCUGUCCAAUCCCAAUGUCCAAGCAGACCGUCUCCGGUAUAAAAGCUACAUCACUAGAGUCAUCAGGUAUAUGACGCAGGGCUUGGAUGUCUCACCUUUAUUUAUGGACAUGGUGAAAGCCAGUGCCACAGUUGAUAUUGUUCAGAAGAAGCUGGUGUAUCUGUACAUGUGCACCUAUGCCAGCGACAAGCCUGACCUUGCGCUACUGGCCAUCAACACUCUCCGCAAGGAUUGUGCUGAUCCUAAUCCCAUGGUGCGAGGAUUGGCCCUGAGGAACAUGUGCAACUUCAGAAUGCCGGGUAUAACAGAGUACAUUGACCAGCCCAUUGUUGCUGGUCUGCGUGAUAAGGCCAGUUACGUACGAAGGGUGGCUGUGCUUGGAUGUGCUAAACUGUACAGUCUUCAACCCGACAUAGGGAUAGCUGCCAGUAUAGUGAAUGAGCUGUACGCUCUGUUAAGAGAUCCAGACCCGGUAGUUGUGGUGAACUGUCUACGUGCCCUGGAGGAAAUCCUAAAAGAUGAGGGUGGUGUGGUUAUUAACAAACCCAUUGCUCAUCACCUUCUAAACAGAAUGAAGGACCUGGAUAGCUGGGCACAGAGUGAAGUUCUCACCUUCCUGCUACGCUACCGUCCUCGCAGCGAUGACGAGUUGUUUGACAUCCUUAGCUUACUGGAUGGUUUUCUCCAAAGCGCCCAUGCGCACGUCGCUGUUGCCACACUCCGCCUCUUCCUUCAUUUAGCUGCUGCUCACCCUGCAGUCCAGGCUGACGCCCUCCUGAACACAAGCGCCCCCCUGCUGGCCACGUGCGGUUCUACGUCGCGCGAACUUCGGUUUGCGGGUCUCUGUCACGUACAACAGGUCAUGCGAAGUCAGCCCGGCCUUUUUGGCCUGCAUUACAAACGCUUCUUUUGCGGUUACUCUGAGCCGAGUUAUAUCAAGUUUCGCAAGAUGGAGAUCCUGGUGGAGCUGGUGAACGAUGAAAAUGUGGCUUUGAUUUUAGAGGAGUUGAGAAGUUACUGCACUGAUGUGUCUCCUGAAUUGGCACAGGCAGCCAUUGCUGCUAUAGGUCGUAUUGCGCGAACAUACAGUGAGAAAUGUCUGAAUAUCCUAACCGGCCUCCUUGCAUUGAAACAAGAGCAUAUCACGUCAGCUGUGAUACAAACGUUCAGGGAUUUGGCGUGGUUCUGUCCUCAGAGUACAGCCGCUGUGUGUCAGACGGUUGAGGGCUGUCUUCACUGUCCUCUAGAUAGUGAGGGGAAACAGGCUUUAUUGUGGCUGUUAGGAGAACAUGCUGAACAGAUCAGUAGUGCCCCCUAUGUGCUGGAGGGCUACAUUGACGGGCUGAAGACGGAACUCUCAUCAACCGUGAAAAUGGAGCUACUGACAGCUGCAGUGAAGAUGUUCCUCUGUCGUCCUGCUGAGACUCAGGACAUGCUGGGGCGCCUUUUACAUCAUUGUGUUGAGGAAGAGAGUGACGUGUGCGUGCGUGACCGGGCUUUGCUGUACUACAGGCUUCUUCAGCGUGGAGCUGAACAGACGAGGAAAGUUGUGAUGGGACCCAAAUCCGAUCCAUCCAUGAGUGUUCUCACUGGACACCAGCAGGAGGCAGUUAGUCAAUGGGUCUCAAACUUCAACACUCUUGGCCCCCUGUCUGCACAAGAGUUAUGCCUUCAAACUUCCCUUAUAUCAGCCUCUGAAAACCCAUCAGGCGCUGCAGAAGAUGAGCUGUUGCCAGCAGGUAAAGAUGUGGCCCCUUCAAGUCCAAUUGUUGACCAAGAGGAAUUGAGUCUAUAUCUGGGUCCUCCUCUAUCCCAUGAGACUUUUGAGAGAAUGUGGCUAGACUUGGAGGUUCUCCACAGACAAACUCUGGGUUACUGUCGACCCAGAACAAUGCCUGAUUUACAGGCUGCUUUACAGCUGGUGAAGAUCCAGACUUUGGCUUUUACACCGGGGGAAACUCUGCCUUGGAAGGCCUACCUUUACACAAGGGGGACUGGGACCCUGAUCCUCGCUGAACUGUUGCAGGAGGACUCGGAGAGUGAAGGAAAAUUAGUGGUCUCUGUCAAACAGCAGCCCCCGAACCAACAUGCUAUAAGAGGAUUUGUUUCGAUCCUCUGUAGCGUGUUGCCGGCUCUUACUGUUGACAGCCCAUAAAAUAUUUAACACUAAAGUCAUUUAAUGACCCUUCAUACACUGAUCAAAUUGAAAAUGUUGCCAAACCAUCCUGGAAAAUGGUUUAAUAAAACAUGCUUGUAAAAAAAACAUAAAAUGUGUCAGAUUGUAUUAGGAUGAUAUCAGAUUCACCAAUAAGAUUUGGCUCACACAUACAGUAUGGUUGAAUCAAAACGUUUUGUUUACUCUGAAAGUUUCAGGAAGUUGAAAAUUCAUAUAGCUUUUUGUUAUAGAGUUUGCAAAACUGUACAAAGUCUAAUCUUAAUUUGCAGAUAAGCAGUAGCGGCAUAUGACUAUAAAUUUGGGGGAAGAUUCUGUGUCUACUUGUAUCAUAGGCUGUACGACUAUGAUUAACGGCCUAUCAUAGACUGCAGGCGGUUGUAACUUCUGUCCCCAG